CCGGACAUCUACCUAAUACUAUCAGUGCCAAUUCGAGUUGCAUAGGAGCGGCGCGUAAGGUAAUAAUGUUGAUGUGAGAAUUGACUUUAACUCGCCAGCCCUCAGCUGGGGCGGUCGUCAGCGCGCCAAAGCCUACGACCUAUCAUAGUAGAAUUUCGUGGUCUGCGUAAGCAGUGUAGAGAUAGGUAUCUCACCAGGGCUAAGACGGCGCAGAAAUCUUGUGGUGUUUGCUCGCAACUUCAUGGGGGCCAGGUUGCUAGAACACGGCCUCCAACUACCGUUUAUAUCGACCUAUCUCUCCGAAAAGAUCUGACGUCUCCGAAUGCUACUUUGCGUGCUUUCCACAUGAUCCGGUCAGAUGGCAGCGGUCGAUGACGAGGCUUAUGUUGUUGGCCCCUAUAGUAUGGCAGAGCCUCUUGCAUAUUUAUAUUUGGCUGCCGCUGCCAAACCUCGGGCUUGGGACGGGCAGAGAUGGCGCGCUGUAUUUCACGACGUUGGAUCGCGGAUUGAUACCUAAGCUUCCUCAUUGCUCUUUUCACGCAGAAUUAGUAUGUGUUAGUUAUGAGGAACCUGCCGUCUUAUCCCCUAUUGCCACGCAUACCUACGCACGCAGACAUAUUGCUAGGUGGAGAGAGGAGCUCGUGAAAUUGAGGACUAAAAGAUACUCAGGACUAUUUACUGUAGAUACGCCAAAUUAGUCGAUGAAGAUAAAAUAUUUGUAUCUCAGUCUUCAAACUUAUAAGGCCCGCACUUGACAACUGCAAUCUUAGUAUAGUAUGUGUUUUUUUCAACCCGGUUGUUGCUAGGUGGCGCAGAAGGUCAACAUCUCGCGCAGACCGUAAAUAGAUCUCGCAAUCAUAUACCAUGGCACUUGAACCUACCGUAAUAGACGACUGAUUUGCCAUCACUGCAUGUUGUGUGUGUACUCCACUCACUAGCCCUCGACGGAUGCCUACCUAUCUCUCAGGACAACGCUGCGCCAAAAUGGCGGGUUGAGUGAGGAGGCCGGUUCCUGAGCUAAUUCAAGAGCGAUAUCACCGCUAUUUAAAUACAUACGUACAUGCCUACAUAGGUCUGUGAAAGGUGUGCUGUAUGUUUCGGCCGUGUUCCCUGCCACUGGAGGUGUUGAUAAUUCCUGGGCGCUUCCGUGUAACAAAUGCCCACUACGUGAUACAAUCUAUUGUGCCACUUCACUGCCUACCCAGGCACUAGUUAUCCAGCUGGCCAGAAAACAUGGCCAUGUUCUACACCGUGGAGGCCGCUGUGAGCCAACUAGCGUUAUGAUUCUACAAAUAU